AUGCCCGAAUAUUUUCAUAACAUCUACUCAAAAUAUUAAAGUAUCAUAAGUUAAUACUCUAUUUCAAUUGAAAACUAAUUUAGAAAUAUGUAAAUAUCGAUAAAAUUUAAAUGGAUUAUAACAUUACCAGAAGAUAGAAAAUUAAUUUCCUAACAAUCUUUAAAUGUCUAUUAAAUCAUGAAUCUCAAGCAAGCUAAUUAUUGA